AUGGGAAGAGGAAAGUUCAAGGGCAAGCCCACCGGUCACCGCCACUUCUCCACCCACGAAGAGAUGGUUGCUGGUACCUCUGCUCGUCCACGUAGUUUUAAAAGGGAAGAAGCUGAAGAGGAGGAAGAAGUAGAGUCUGAAGAGGAAUCAUCAGAAGAAGAAGAAUCUGAAAAGCGGAAAGGCACUCAGGGAAUCAUUGAAAUUGAGAAUCCCAAUCUAGUAAAACCAAAGAAUGUGAAGGCUAAAAAUGUCGAUAUUGAGAAAACUUCUGAGCUCUCAAGGCGUGAAAGAGAGGAGAUAGAGAAGCAAAAGGCUCAUGAGCGGUACAUGAGGUUGCAGGAACAGGGAAAAACAGAACAAGCAAAAAAAGAUUUAGAACGCUUAGCCCUGAUUCGCCAACAAAGAGCAGAAGCCGCUAAGAAGCGAGAAGAAGAAAAGGCUGGCUGGAGUAGUGCUAUCUAA